AACUCGCCCUAAGGCACCUCGACACCCGCCGGCGGCCCUGGGCGGUCCCGAGAAGCGCGCGGGACGCGGCUCCCCUUCACCUAAGCUACUGGGGGCCGCCAUGGGCCGCUACCGCAUCCGCGUGGCCACUGGGGCCUCGCUCUUCUCCGGGUCGCACAACCGCGUGCAGCUGUGGCUGGUCGGGGCGCGCGGGGAGGCGGAGCUGGAGCUGCAGCUGCAGCCGGCGCGGGGCCAGGACGAGGAGUUUGAUCGCGACGUUGCGGAGGACUUGGGGCCACUGCAGUUCGUGAAGUUGCGCAAACACCACUCCCUGGUGGACGACGCGUGGUUCUGCGACCGCAUCACGGUGCAGGGCCCUGGAGCCUGCGCGGAGGCCGCCUUCCCGUGUUACCGCUGGGUGCAGGGCGAGGGCGUGCUGAGCCUGCCCGAGGGCACCGCCCGCCUGGCAGGAGACAAUGCAUUGGACAUAUUCCAGAAACAUCGAGAGAAGGAACUGAAGGAAAGACAACAGAUAUAUCGCUGGGCCACCUGGAAGGAAGGGUUACCCCUGACAAUAGCUGCGGGUUGUAAGGAUGAUCUACCUCCAAAUAUGAGAUUCCACGAGGAGAAGAGACGGGACUUCGAGUGGACAAUGAAGGCAGGGGCUCUGGAGAUGGUCCUCAAACGUGUUUAUACCUUUCUGAGCUCCUGGAAUCGCCUAGAGGACUUUGAUCAGAUCUUCUGGGGCCAGAAGAGCACUCUGGCUGAGAAGGUUCACCAGUACUGGCAGGAUGAUGAGUUUUUUGGCUACCAGUUCCUCAAUGGCGCCAACCCCAUGCUGCUGAGACGCUCCACCUCUCUGCCUUCCCGGCUAGUGCUGCCCAAGGGGAUGGAGGAGCUUCAGGCCCAGUUGGAGAAAGAACUCCAGAAUGGUUCCCUGUUUGAGGCUGACUUCAUCCUUUUGGAUGGAAUUCCAGCCAACGUGAUCCGAGGAGAGAAGCAGUACCUGGCUGCCCCCCUCAUCAUGCUGAAGAUGGAACCCAAUGGGAAGCUGCUACCCAUGGUCAUCCAGAUCCAGCCUCCCAACCCCAGCUCCCCCACCCCACCACUGUUCCUGCCCUCAGAUCCUCCACUUGCCUGGCUCCUGGCAAAGUCCUGGGUCCGAAAUUCAGAUUUCCAACUGCACCAGCUCCAAUAUCAUUUGCUGAACACUCAUCUGGUGGCUGAAGUCAUCGCUGUUGCCACCAUGAGGUGCCUCCCAGGGCUGCACCCUGUCUUCAAGCUCCUGAUCCCACACAUCCGCUACACCAUGGAAAUCAACACCCGGGCACGGACCCAACUCAUUUCAGAAGGUGGUAUAUUUGAUAAGGCAGUGAGCACAGGUGGAGGGGGCCAUGUGCAGUUGGUCCGUCGGGCCAUGGCUCAGCUGACCUACUGCUCCCUCUGUCCUCCUGAUGAUCUGGCUAACCGGGGCCUGCUGAGAAUCCCAAGUGCUCUCUAUGCCCACGAUGCUUUACGGCUCUGGGAGAUCAUUGCCCGGUACGUGGAGGGGAUCGUCCACCUCUUCUACCACAGGGAUGACAUCGUGAGAGGGGACCCUGAGCUGCAGGCCUGGUGUCGGGAGAUCACUGAGGUGGGGCUGUGCCAGGCCCAGGACCGAGGUUUCCCUGUCUUCUUCCAGUCCCAGAAUCAGCUCUGCCAUUUCCUUACCAUGUGUGUCUUCACAUGUACUGCCCAGCAUGCAGCCAUCAACCAGGGCCAGCUGGACUGGUAUGCCUGGGUCCCUAAUGCCCCAUGUACAAUGCGGAUGCCCCCACCCACCACCAAGGAAGAUGUGACAAUGGCCACAGUGAUGGGCUCACUACCUGAUGUCCGACAGGCCUGUCUUCAAAUGACCAUCACAUGGCAUCUGGGUCGCCGCCAGCCAGACAUGGUGCCUCUGGGGCAUCACAAAGAAAAGUAUUUUUCAGGUCCCAAGGCCAAGGCUGUACUAAACCAAUUCCAAACAGAUUUGGAAAACUUGGAAAGGGAGAUUACAGCCCGGAAUGAGCAACUUGACCUGCCCUAUGAAUACCUGAAGCCCAGCCACAUAGAGAACAGUGUCACUAUCUGAGCUCUAAGGUGCCCCCACCUGGAAGACUUUCAGAUCAGCUCUAGGACUGACAUCUCCACCUUGAAUUUCAUGGCUUCCUAAGUCUCUGCUGCUAAGGCUCUAUUUCCUCCCCCAACUAAAUCCCCUACAUCGGUAUCCCACUAGCCCAAGGGAGGCAGCAAACCUUUUCUGUAAAGGGCCAGAUAGAGGCCAGCCCCGUGGCGCAGCGGUUAAGUGCCCGCGCUCCGCUGCUGGCGGCCUGGGUUCAGAUCCUGGGUGCGCACCAAGGCACCGCUUGUCAAGCCAUGCUAUGGUGGCGUCCCAUAUAAAGUGGAGGAAGAGGGGCAAAGAUGUUAGCCCAGGGCCAGUCUUCCUCAGCAAAAAGAGGAGGAUUGGCAUGGAUGUUAACUCAGGGCUGAUCUUCCUCUCACACACACAAAAAAAGGGCCAGAUAAUAAAUAUCUUAGGCAUUGUAGGCCACACAGUCUCUGUCACAUCUAUAGGUACUCAACUCUCCUGUUGUAGCACAAAAGCAGCCACAGACAAUAUGUAAAAGAAUGUGACUGUGUUCCAAUAAAACUUUAUUUAUGGACAGUGAAAUAGGAACUUCACGUGUCACAAAAUAGUCUUCUUUUGGUUUAGUCAACCAUUUAAAAAUGCAAAAAUCCCUGUGCUUUGCUAGAGGGACAUGCACAGGCUGCGGGCUGCAUCUGGCCUUCUGUGGCAGUACCUGCACAAGGGUCCCCUGCACCAGCCUGAGACACUGACCCUACUUGCAAAACAUCCAAAGAAUGCUCUCAGGGAGGGUGCAGAAGAUUUCUCGGAAAAAUCAACUACCUCAACUAAUUCUCCUUUCCCAGGAGCUAGACUUCAUGCUUGGUGGCCAACUUAAAAAUUCCUGACUCUGUUCUUUGGCAACUUUCCUUCCACCCCUAUUCCUCCUAUUUAAACACCUACUCCAAAAGUCCUUGAAUAAGAAUGGUGCUCCUAGGGCAGAAUAAAAACCUUUGCCCCAAAAUGGCUUCCUUCCCUAGACAGUCUCAAACAACAAAGACGUGAAAUUCAUGUCUCAAGGCCCCUUUCCCAGCCCCUUUAGUACCCUGGGGUCUCUGUUUCCCAGGUUCCAAGUUCUCUUUCACAACCCUUUUGAGAACAAUAUAAACAAAACAAAUGGGAAAAUACUGCAAAGUUAUGCUAACCACUGACAGCGUUUGCCUGGGUUCUGGGGCUUUGGGAUCCAAAUGAUCCCUCUCAAUUAUGCUGUGAUCACUGUCCUCACUAGAAUGGGUACAAAUUCAGUGCAAAAUUGUGUUCUUCAAACACUCCUAUUUUCCUGAAUAAUUAUUACAAAUCUGUCUCUUGCCAAUGAAGUAUACAAACUUUUUCUUUGGAAAGGAUGAUCUAUUGGUACUUUUUAAAUCUUGUACCCUUCC